AAUCAGAAAAUAAACAAACUGGAAAAAGAAGACGAAUUCUGUCAGAAAUCAUAAACCGAAGCGUAAAGUUUAGUGUCAUAGAUUAUUUAAAAAAAUUGUCAUCCGACAACGGCAAGAAGGAACCAUGGCCGCAUCAAGAGAGAAACGAUCAAAUGCUGGCACUCGCAUGUCCAAACUUCUUGACGAAGAGGAGGAAGAUGAAUUUUACAAAAAUACUUACGGUGGAUUCGAGGAUGCUGAAAAUGACCAGGAAUACAAAUCGGAAGACUCGGGCGAUGAUGAUGUUGAUUCAGACUUCAGCAUUGACGAAAAUGACGAGGUUAUUUCAGACCAUGAGGAUGAUAAGCCAAAGAGGGCAAAGCGGCUUGUUACUAGAGCGUACAAGGAGCCUAAGAAGGUUACCAAAAAAGAAACCGCUGAUGUUACUGACAAGCCAUUUCCUUUCAAUAUUCCCGAUGACCAAGCGGGGCCAUCAAAUUCAACCCCAGUCAAAAAGCCUGUUGUCAAGAAGCAAUUGAGUGCACCUUCUAAAUCAGAGAGAAAAUCGUGCAGAAAAUCAACAGCUGCGAAGUCGGCAGAGCUGAGGAAAAGGGUAAAACAAAGGGAUGAGGAAUAUCAGAGAAGGAGGAAAAAGAUGAAACUGAAAGAGAAAAAGGAAGAGCCCAUGACGCAGGAGGAGCUUCUCGAAGAAGCAAAGGCUACCGAGAGGGAAAACAUUGCCUCACUAGAGCAAUUCCAAUUGAUGGAGCUUGAGAAGAAGAAAAUCAGACCUGUUAAGAAGACCUUCAAGGGUCCCAUGAUCAGGUAUCAUUCUUUUGCCGCACCUUUGAUCGAGGAACUGCCCAGCAGUGAAAACCAGACCAUCGACGUCGACGACACCAUGGUUUCCAUUGAUGAGCCCAAAGAGCCAGAGAUCACACCAAAUGACAAGAAGUGUGAACGAACGCUGAUAACCUUUCCAGACGAAGCAACAUUAAAAUCGCUCUUCCCGCAAGAAAAGCGACCUAUCAGGCAGCCCAGAUUGUGUCCAUUUGCGAGAAACAAUAAAAGGACCAUCGCCCGAUACUACGACCCUGUGGUCAGGCUGCCCUACUCGAACGUGGUCAGUUUUCGCAUUCUGAGGAGCACCUACGAGAGCAAACUGGAGUCGAUGGGAGACAGAGCAGACCCUGAAGUGGCGUCGUGGAUCGCGUGGCGCAAGAAGCAGCAGGAGCUGCGCACCCUGGUGGCCAAGAAGCUGCAGCAGAUCGUGACGAAUAUUAGGCCCCAGCCUCAGCCCCAGACCGACCAGACUGCUGGGCCAAGCUCGUCUGCCAGCACCCCAACCAUAAUUCGCACAGCUGGACAGACUAUUCUCUCUGGGGCACCAACAAGACCCACAAUAUUGAUUCCUAAGCAAUAGUGAAUUGUAUGAGAUGAGCAGAGAUUGAAUUUUCAUUUGUGUCGAAGUUUUCCUUUGUAAAUUUGAUGGAGAUGUCCAGAAAAUAGAUUGAACAUUAAUUUUUAUUAAAGCAAUAAGAUUGUGGUAAAAAUGA